AUUCAAUCAUGUGAGGCUCUCAUUCUGUCCAAAAGAUAGGAAAAAUAUAGCCAUAACCAUGGCCCCAAAACAAACCUUUUCACACCUUAUUACUACUCCAAAACACUAUGAAGAAAAACAUUGAACAACCCGAAGAACAAGAGCUCGAAAUCGUCAAGGCGGUGGCACAAGCAUGGCUCGGUCACACCACCACCACAUCGCCCCCAUCCGACUCCAAUGAAUUUGACGCACGUCGUCUCAACUUCAAGAAAAAGCCCACUCGGUUUAAGCAAGAAGCAAUGACCAAACCAACGCGAAACAAUAACCACAAUUAUGGGCUUUCGACGAGUUGGGAUUUCAAGCAAUCACUUUGGGAUUCUUAUGAAAUUGUGUCGGUUUCAAGACGGCUUGAGAGAGGGUUAUUGUUGGAAAACGAGUUGGGUAAAGUUGGAAAGAGAAAAAAGGAGAGUAAGAAUAGCCUUAGAAACAUAUUUCGAACGUCAUCUAUGAAGUCGUCAUCUAUGAAGUCUGAUGAAUAAAAAAUUGUUUCCCGAUUGGUUUUUGUGUAUUCCAAAAACUAAAUUCAAUAAAGGUAAAUAUCACCUUGCAAAAACCAAGGCUUUUAACCCCUAUAAGGGGCCGAUUAUUUACUUAGGUUAGAGUUUGAAUAGAACUUGCGAAAUUGAUAGUAUUGACAGAACUACAACUUUUUAUUACCCUCAUUUAUAUAUUUGUUUCAACUAAGACAUUGAAUACGAUUUAAACUGUUAGAA